UCAACCUCAGUUGUUCUUCGUCUUCUUUAAAACGUCACUUUUUCACUUAUUAUUAAUUAUUUCAAAAUUUUCAGUUAAACAAUUUUCCAGCUCAAAAAUACACUCAUAAGCCAUUACAUAACACACCCAUUACUCUCAUAACUCCUCUCACGUCCACCUUGUCCCUCCACCACCAUUUUUAAACUUUUUUUAACACUUAAAAAAGUUCAAAGAUUGUUCUUUUACUAACACCCAUUACCCAAAAAGAAUUCAAUAUCACAAUGCCACUCUCUUUAGAUCCAAUCUAGUUUCCUUAUACCCAUUAAUAUUAUCUCUCAAAGAUUGGAUUUUUGUUAUUAUUCAGCGAAAUGGGUGUUUUAAUCGAGUCAUGGUGCUUUUGCAAAGGUGUGGGGAAGUCUGAGAAAAUGAAAGCUGCCAUUUUUUCCGGUAAGGGUUCGGCCAUGGCUAUUGUCUCCGGAAAUGGAGUUUCUGGUACUGGGUUUUUGAUCCACCGGAAUCUUUUAUUAACUGCCCAUCUUAAUAUUCCGUCUGUUAGUUCUGCUGAAAGUUCUGAGAUCCGUGUUCAGAAUGGUGUUGCUGCUAGUCUUGUCCCUCACAGGUUCUUUAUCACGAGUUCUGUACUGGACCUCACAAUAGUUGGUUUAGAUACCAUAGAGGGAGACUCGAGCACCCCAGGACAGCAGCCUCACUACUUGAAAACAUGUUCUAAACCAAAUCUGGAUCUGGGCAGUGUUGUUUACAUUUUAGGAUACACAGACCAGAAAGAAUUGACGGUAGGUGAGGGAAAGGUGGUAAUAGCCACUGACAAUCUUAUAAAAUUGUCAACUGAUGGAAUCCAGUGGAACCCUGGAUCUGCAGGUUUUGAUGCACAAGGCAAUCUAGCUUUUAUGAUCUGUGAUCCUAUGAAAUUAGCCACAUCUCCAAAUACCAAAUCUUCUUCUACUUCAUCUUCAUCCUCUACCUCUUUGAAGAAAGAUUCUCCCUUGCAAUUUGGUAUUCCCAUUCCUAUCAUCUGUGAUUGGUUAAACCAGCAUUGGGAAGGUAACCUUGAUGAACUUACUAAACCCAAAUUACCAAUUAUUAGAUUGAUGUCCACAGGCCAAAAGAGCGAGCAGUCUUCUGCUUCCUUCACUCUCCGCCAGGUUUUCAAGUCAACAGAAGAUGAUAACAAUGGGACCCCUUCAUCAUCAAAUACAGUCUCUAAAAUUGAGGAUCAAAACAGACCAGGAUGUUCUGGUGUGACAAAUGAUGCCAAAGAAGAUAACCCCAUCAUCGAUCCCCAUGCUGUCCAUAUGCAGGGAAUCUUGACUCCAGAAAUAUAUGAAUCGCGAAAGCUAACUGCAGCUCCUGUUAGAAAAACGGAAAGUUUUCCAAUCCAGCUUCUGGAUAUUAAUUUCCCUCCAAAGGCCACCAGAGCUACUGUUCAGCCACUGUUAAAUAAUCAGUUGACCCCUAACUCCGAGGAGAAUUGUGCCACGGGACUCCCUCCACAAAGUCGGUUAGAUGAAGAUGAAAUCAAGGACAGUGAAAUUGUUAGCCCUGAAGCACAAGCUGAGGUUUCAUCCACUGGUUCUGUAAAUGGGGCUCAAAGUGAGGUUCAGUCGAGUUCUUCCCCUGUAGAUGUUCCAGGUAUGUAUAAUGGGUAUAGCAGUGAGGAAGAGACGAUGUAUUCUGCAGAAACUGCCGAGAGCCGUAACUAUUCGACUCCUAGAGAGGGCAAGUUUCAGCAUGUCGGAAGGAGCCAGAGUUGUGUUAGUCAUAAUAGAUGGGGAAGUGCUGGAAAUAGGAAUGCCGUGGCUCGUAGAACAUCGUUGGAGCAGCAGAGAAGUUUUGUUCAUGGAAGGAAGAUGCAUUCACAAGGAGCAACAUCUCAGAGAAGUAAUGACUACUUCAGUCCAACUGUGUCAUCAAGAAUGAAGAAAAGAAACAACUCAGAGCCACAGACCAAAUCAAAGCCGAGUGCUGUUCACUCUUCUCCGAGAUGGAUGUUCUGAUUAUUUUUGAUUAAAUGUAAUACCAGGAAAUAGAUCACAGCAGAAAUAUAGUGUUGUUUGUAGUUUGGAUAAUGUCCAUUCUUCAAUUGCAUAUAAUGUAGUUAAUUUAUUGUUACCAGUA